CGAACAGUUGCACUGUUGCACAAACUCAAACAGAAGGUGCGAACUCAAAGAUUUAGGAGUGCCCAGACGCGCUUGACUUGCAUUGCGUAAACGGUACGCCAUGAAUGUGGACGCCGUGUUGUUGGUAGAGACGGUUAAUUUCGCCGCUGAAAAGCAUCAAAACCAGCGUCGUAAAGACCCAGAACAAACUCCCUAUAUUAAUCACCCGAUCGGAGUAGCAAGGAUUCUCAGCCAUGAAGGUGGCAUCACUGACAUUGUGGUAUUACAAGCUGCUCUUCUUCAUGACACGUUGGAAGACACAGACACAAAGCCCGAAGAGCUAGAAACAAAGUUUGGACCGACUGUUACUCGCAUUGUUCAGGAGGUGACAGACGAUAAGAGUCUGCCCAAACAAGACCGGAAGCGUCUACAGGUGGAACAUGCGCCCCACUGUAGCCACCAAGCCAAACUGGUCAAACUGGCAGACAAAUUAUACAACCUCAGGGAUUUGAACCGCUGCACACCUAUCGGUUGGACGGCAGAGCGGGUCCAGCAGUAUUUUGUGUGGGCCUGUGAUGUUGUAAAAGGCCUGAAAGGUACCAACUCAGUUUUGGAGGGGAAGCUGGAGGAGUUGUUCAGACAGAGAUGUUUGAAAUAAAGUGAUUUAUUUCCUA